AGUCGUUGAUAAUGUCCUUGCGAAUUUGGGAUGGAGGUUGUGUCGGGACUUCGAGCUUUGCUUCCUUCCGGAACCGGGUACAAGUUGCUUCCGUCUGGAGCCCUGUCUUUGAGGCUUCGGCAGUGAGGAAGUCCCAGCAGAUGUUAGUUUGAACCUUACUUAGUUUGCUUGGAAGUAGAGGGGACCACCGAUUUUAAGUUUUCCGAUAACUUUACUUAUGUUAACUUAAAUGUAUCGCUUAAUUUUCCACCCUUCAAUUUAUGUUAAUGUCUGGGGUUGUGGGUUAAAUUAGAGGAAACAAAAACCAGCUUCCAAACAAUGGUGGUGCAUACAGAAUGUCAGAAGCGAAGCUCCCAAGCACGACAGUCUCCUGCCAUCCAUUAGUGAGUCCCUGGAAUGUGGUGUACUGUCUUCCAGGCCCUUGACAUCCCGUGGUCAGGGUAUCAGUCACCAUAGAACUGCUGCUGUUUCCCGUAUAUUAUGGGUGCUCAAACUGGAAGUCAGAAACAACGAUUGACUGAGCUCACACACACACUGGGGUCUGGCAUAUGCCCUGCUCCUAAACCCACACCUUGUCUGUUAGCAGGGGCCACGAUCUACCAAUUCAACCUACUUCAACUGAAAAAAAAAACAAACAACAACAAUAGUAACAAAAAACCUGGCCAAGACAAGAAGAAAUCAAAUGGGUGGCUGAGGGUGUGUGUGAAUAUAGUCCAGGAAGUGACAGACUAAAAGCAUACUCUUUUCAGGCAUAUUUUGAAUCUUUCUACAUGCUCCUUUAGGGUGACAACAGCAUCUGAGAAACAAAACACUGGAGAGCCAGAGCCCAUGACUGACCCUUCUGCACCCAGCCCAGCCUAGGGAUCACGCCCAGCAGCCCCCUCAAUGACUGGCAUCACAAGGGGAACUUAGGGACUUGCAAACCUUUCUCCAAGACAUGAAACCUUGGGGGCGAAUACUUUGGACCCUCCUGUCUGGUCCCAGGGGAAGGAGGGGAGCCCCCCAGGUCUGGGCCCUCAACCCAUGGAAGUCUCAUUCAUCUCUGCCUGGGCUGUGGAGUGCCACAGGGGUGGUCAGUCACUGGACACGGGUCUUUGAGGAAAGAGGUAUCCCAGAGGCCCGGGAAUCCAGUGAGUACAUCGUGGCUCAUGUUCUUGGAGCCAAAACAUUUCAGAGCCUGAAACCAGUACUUUGGACCAAGCCACUGACCCCUAAACAGCUGCAGUGCAUCCAGGAACUAUGUAGCCAUCGAUUACAGAGGAUGCCGGUGCAGUAUAUCCUUGGGGAGUGGGACUUUCAGGGCCUCACUCUGAAGAUGGCACCCCCAGUGUUCAUUCCUCGGCCAGAGACGGAAGAACUGGUUGAAUGGGUUUUAGAGGAAGUGGCCCGGAGGCCCCCUGCAGUGGGAACCAAAGGUGGUCCCCUCUUUCUGGAAGUGGGCUGUGGAUCAGGAGCCAUUGCCCUCAGCCUGCUGAGUCAGCUCCCGCAGAGUCAAGUCAUUGCUGUGGAUAAGGAAGAAGCCGCUGUUAGCCUGACCCGUGAGAAUGCUCAGAGGCUUCAGUUGCAGGACAGGAUUCGGAUCAUUCCCCUUGAUGUAACCUCAGAAGGGUGCUGGACACACCUUUUGCCCUGGGGCCCUGUGGACGUGGUGGUCAGUAACCCUCCCUACAUCUUCCACAAGGACAUGGAACAACUGGCCCCGGAGAUCUGCAGUUAUGAAGACCUGGCGGCCCUGGAUGGUGGUGAGGAAGGCAUGGACAUCAUUACCCACAUCUUGACCUUGGCACCUCGGCUCUUGAACACCUCUGGAAGCAUCUUCUUAGAAGUGGACACAAGGCACCCAGAGCUUGUCAGCAGCUGGCUUCAGAGUCGGCCUGACCUGCACCUCGGUCUUGUGGCGGUACGGAAGGACUUCUGUGGGAGGCCCCGGUUCCUGCACAUCCAGAAGUCUGCACCAUAGUGUGGCUACUCUGAGCAGCUGGCCAGGAUUCUAGCCUGCUGGAUGCCUGACUGAUCCUGCAUGGAGCACUGUUCACAGGGAGGCGUUAGUGCUUUUCAGAACCCAGGCGUGGCCCAUGGUUCUGUGAUUUCUCCAUGAUGGAUGUCUCUAGGAGACUUGGAAACAAGGAUGGAGUGUUCUUCCUGGAGCAGUAAAGAACAGGAACUCAAGGGCUGUGUUUCCUGCCUAGCCCCUCAGUGUAGCAGGCUGCUUGGUGUUCCUGUUGGUGAAACUUCUGUGAAGAUGUUGGGAAAUGUGGCCAGUAAAGUUCUGAGAGAGCAAUAAAUGGGAAACCAUUUGUUUUGUUA